UGUGAGCAGGACGCACACUCACUCUGUUUGAACAAGAACUUAAUACCAAAAGCUGGACUUCUUUUAGAAACUUCAUUUGGGAGCAGGAUUUGAAAUAAGCUCUUAGUUCCUCUUUGAUGCUUUUCUAAGGAUCUGAAAGCCUGACAGAAAAGUUGUAACAGAUUUUGAAGGCAGCAAAAAAGGAAAGACUAAAGACAAAGAUUUGCCCUGAAAGUUUUUAAAGAGGAAACAGAAGAUAGAUGAAGAGACGGCAAUAAUCUGCACAGCUGUUGUACGAAGACCCUUAAAAAUUAUACAGAUAACGAAAACAAGGAGGUGCACAAGUGUGAAGGGCGAGGAGAGGAGACUGACGAGGGCAACCAAGGCUGUAGGGAGAAGGAGAUAAAUGGGACACUGAAGGAUUAUUCAAGUCGAAGGACAAGUAAGAUAUAAAGGCAGAGGGAAGACAAAACCCAAGCAGAGACACCUGACAUGAAAUUAACAGCAAGAAUGGAGGCGUGGCAAGACAAGAGGAGAGACCUCCUCUGAAAAGAAAAGAAGAAAGAGUUGUGCUCGACACAAAGAAGAGGAAAAGAGAUCCUCAUCAUGAUUUAUUCAGCUGAUUUCCCAAAUUUCAACAGCCUGUGUGGGAAGAGCAACUUCGUUCCAGGAUAGUAUGAAGAGAGGAGCACAGAGAUACCUGCCAAAUCUGCCAUAAUCCUCCUGCUCCUCCUUUUCCUCUCAAGACUCCUCCACCUUGCUGUCUUCACAUCAAGCUAUAAAAUCACAGACUUCCUCCCAGCCUGUCCUGAUAUCUCCUCUCCCCCUUCUCCAUCCCCUCACUAUGUGGAUACCAGCUGUGCUCCUAUGGAUGCUUAAUAUCAGCAAUUUGUGCUCAGGACAAGAAUAUACAGACUUUUACCAAACUGGAGACAUGGGUACAGAGGCCCCAAUGCAAUCAGAUGACCAACCCAGCUUGGAUACAGUGACAAGUGUGGAUCAGCUCGUACAGUACCUCUACCCUGAAUAUGGUUUGAUUCACCACUGCAUGAGGAAGAAAUCAUGGCAUUCCUCAUCUUCCCCAUCUUCCUCAUCAGUUUCAGCAUCCUCAGUGAGCCCGUUAGUCCACUCUAACAACAAUGAUAUGUGGAUUCAGCUGAGAGAGGAAGCGCUUUAUAAAGUGGACGGAACUUUAGGAGUCAUCCUCGAGGAAAUCCAGCGAACCUCAUGCCAGCCCAGGGAGGUGUGUGUCGAGGUCGCCAAAGAAUACCCAGAAUCCACCAGUCAUUUCUACCUCCCUCGCUGUGUGGCGCUACAUCGCUGCGGUGGAUGCUGCACCAACGAGGCUUUUUACUGCACCAACACUAGUCAUACAUUUGUCAACAAAACACUGAUGGAACUGUCUCCACCCAGGAUGGAUCGCUCGGUCGUCAUGGUUACAUUCAUCAACCAUACUUCAUGUGAAUGUCUGUCCAAGCGGCCGCUCCACUCCAUUAUAAGACGAGCAGCAGCAGACCACCUUUGUUCCCCUCCUGAACAUCCCUGUGCCCUGGGGUCAUUAUGGGAUCCAGUGAACUGUGUUUGUGUCUCUACAGACAUGAUCAACUACUCCCAGAGAGAGACAGAGGCGCUGGACUCAAGUCUGCUUGCUCUCUGUGGGCCCAACAGGGUUCUAGAGGAGUCCACCUGCGAGUGCGUCUGUCAAAACGGACUCACAGAAGCCAGCUGUGAUCCAGGCUGGAAACUGGACCACAACACCUGUGAGUGCCAGUGUGAAGGAAAAGGUGAGGGGAAGUCUUGUCCUGCUGGCCAGCGGUGGGAUGACGAGCUGUGUGGCUGUGUGUGUGCAGCACAGUGUCCUGGGAAUCAGCCCCUGAACCCUGACACCUGCCUGUGUCAGUGCAGGGAGAGUCCACAGUCGUGUCUGCGGCAGGGCAAGAGGUUCAUCGCUAACACCUGCAGUUGUUACAGGCUCCCUUGCAGAAAGCCCAGACCUGUGUGCCAGGAUGGAUUUUACUACAGCUACCAGGUCUGCCAGUGCAUCCCCAACUACAUGAAGUGGAAUUAACAGGCAAAACAGCAGGUAAACGAGAAGGACUAAAGACAUAGCCCUCAAACUUUAUAGCCUGAACAAAAUGAAAAGAGUGGGAGUGCUUCCUGACAAGAAGGCAGGAAAGGGAGCUACAUUUACAUGUGUUGACAGCACAUUACAAAGCAGCACACAGGGGAGUUUUAUGCUGCGUUUUGUCACUUCUCCAAACAAACAUCACAUUCAGAGAACUUCUCAGUAAAAUGAAAAGUUAAAGUCUCCUUUAGGAGACAGGAAAUAAAGACUGAUAAUUGACUCUAUGGAAGUGGAAGUGACUCUGUGGAAUUGACAACACAAUUCUGACAAGAAAAGACCAAAAGAAUCUGGAGACUACCUUACAUGACAGCGAGACAGGACGGACCAAUCAGAAGCAGAGCCAGCGUUCAUCCAAGUCGCAACAUGUUGGAGAAAGAGUGCCAACCAGCCGCCGGGGCACUGGUCAUGCCUCUGUGAAAUGGAAUGUGGAAUAAGAUAAUAACAAAACAGGCUCCAUGCUUUAAAAAAAAUUACAUAAACAUCGGGCAACUUCAUACUCUGGCAAAAAAAAGAUGACACAUACCUGAGGCUGGAGGAGGAGUUGGCUGAGGAGUUAUUCCGCAGAAAUAUAUUUCCUUUAUUCCAUCUUUUAGCUGUUUGGUGUUACAACACUGCAUUGUAUUCACUGUCUCUAUUCUGAGGAAUUAAGUGAGAUCUCUUAGGUUACCGUUUUGUUUUGUUUUGUUUUAUUUAAGGGGGAAUGGGGGUUUACAAAAAGGUCUGGUACAGUUUCCAUCAUAAUUUUAAAUUUAUCUUGAACAUCCCCCAAUUUCUAUCUUUUAUUGCAUUGCUUCGAUUUCACUCAUACAUUAUUGAUGCAUCCAAUUAAAAACUUGGGACCAGUUCCAGGUCUUCUAUUAAUUUAUCUUCACAUGUUCCAAGUUAAUAUUAUUUGUAAAUACUUAAUGUUUUCAUAUUUAAAACCAUAAAACUUUUGAGAUAGAAUCAGUAGUUGUACAAUACUGUAUUUAAGUUGCUAAAAUGAAAAUUAUUUUGAAGUAAAACAAUUCAUGCAUUUGUACUCAAUUUAAAUUUCACAGAGAAUCUGAAUUAUGACUGCAUGCACUGUUGCAUUUUCAUUCAUUUUUUUCAUUUAGACCCAAAACAAACUUUAAGCAAUUGUUUAAGGUCUAAGGAAAUAAAAUGUUGAGAUGACGAGGUUUUGCAGUGUAGAUGAUGAUUGUAGUGUUUGUACUAUGUGGAUGUAGAGAAAAACUAAAAUUCCUUUUCCUUACUUAAAUUAUUAAGUACUGAUUAAAAGCUUUUU